AUGGCAGCUACUGGACUUGCAGAGAUAAUCGUAUCUCCACUUGUGCACUCAAUGCUUGACAAAUUGGCGUCCCCUGAGCUAAGUGAUUUUGGAGCUUCAUGGGGUGUUGAAGUACAGUUAAGCGAUCUUUCCAACUCUCUAAAAUGGAUCUCUUCAAUGCUCUGUCUCGUAGAGGAAAGCCAAAUAAAGAAACAUCUGUUGAAAAUUUACCUCGGAGAUCUGAGGGAAGUGUCUUUCGGUGCCGACAUCAUGUUGGACGAUUUCAUCUACGAAGCUCAUCGACUGAGGCUCGAAGAUGGAAGAAAUCAAAACAGAGCAAUGAGACAGGUGCGUAACUAUCUGCAUUUCUCUUUGAAUGAAAACCAAAUGCUUCGUCGACAUGAGAUUCAUACUGUAAUUGAUAAAAUCAAAGACAGACUAGUUCAGAUUGGGAACAAGAUUGAAGCCCAUUACCAGAAUCUAUCUGUAAUUGAAGGGAAACAAGUUGAAAUAGAAAGGCGACAACAAACUGUUUCACUUCUAGACACCAGACAGAAGAGCAGUUCUUUAGUUGUUGAUUCUGAUGUUGUUGGUAGAUUUCAAGAUAAGAGUCAUUUGAUUAGUCUACUCUUAGCUGAGGAAUACAAUGGAAAUAAAGUCCCUGUAGUUGCCAUAGUUGGGAUGGGUGGUCUUGGGAAGACCACUCUUGCCCAGAUUGUGUACAAUGAUCCAGAGGUGAAAGAACAUUUCGAAUUUAGGGCAUGGGUUUGUGUGCCUAGUGAUUUCAAUGUUGAGAGAUUAACCAAUGAAAUUAUGGAAUCAAUAACUCUGAAGCCUUGUCUGCUUUCAUUACUAGAUCCAAAUCAUCUCAAAUUACAGGACUUUGUGAGAGGGAAGAGAAUUUUGCUCAUGUUGGAUGAUGUGUGGAACGAAAACCCUAGUUUUUGGGAUGCCCUGCUGGUUCCAUUCCGAGUUGCUGCAGAAGGAAGCCGAAUUUUGGUGACUACUCGAAGUCAGAAAGUUGCUUCUGUCAUGGCUGCUGUGGAAAUUUCUCUGCAAGGUUUAUCAGACCAAGAUUGCUGGACUUUGUUCAAGGGACAGGUAUUCACUGAUAUGUAUUGUGAAGUAGAUCCAAAUUUAGAAGAAAUUGGCAAGAAAAUUGUAGGAAGAUGCAAAGGGUUGCCUUUGGCAGUGACGUCACUUGGAGGGAUUUUACGGGGAGAGUUGGAUCAGAGGGAGUGGCAACAAGUAUUGGAAAGCAAGAUUUGGGAUUUGGAUCAAGCAAAAAUUAUUCCGGCACUCGGUUUGAGUUACUAUUAUCUCCCAGCACAUUUGAAGCUUUGUUUUGCAUAUUGCUCUUUAUUUCCCAAAGGUUAUGAAUUUAGAAAGGCAAUACUGGUCCCGCUUUGGAUGGCUGAAGGUUUUAUUCUAUCUAAACAGGUAGAAAGGAUGGAAGUGACUGGUAGGGAGUACUUCGAUGACUUGUUUCGCAGAUCUUUCUUUCAGUGUUUGAAGAAAAGCAACUUUAUUGAAAGAGAUGGCUCAACAAAAGAAGAAUCGGUAUUUGUGAUCCAUGAACUCAUGCAUGAUUUAGCACAAUUCGUUUCAACAGGAAUGUGCUUCAGAAUCGAGCAUGAUGAACCAAAUCAUAUCUCAAAAAAGGCCCGUUUGGAAAAAGACAGAAUAGAGAGCCCGUCUUCAUUUCUUUCAGUAAGACAUCCGUCUCUUUCUUACAGUAGACAGGUCCUUCCUGAUUUAUUUGAAACAAAGAGAUGCUUGCGUGUGUUGGAUUUGAGUAACUCCAGCAUCAAAUCUUUGCCGGAUUCCAUUGGCUAUUUGAAGCAUCUAAGGUACCUCGAUCUCUCUUGCACUUACAUUAGUGUGUUACCUAAAUCUAUCUGUGACCUCUACAUGUUGCAAACACUGCUGCUCAAACCUUGUCCUGAACUUCAUGAGUUACCCAAAGGCAUGGGAAACCUAAUUAACCUUCAAUACAUAGUAAUGGACAAAGAAUUAUGGAUUGACCAUAGACCCGCAGGAAUUGGAAGAUUAACUUGUCUCAAAACACUGCCUCAAUAUGUUGUGGGCCAAGAAGAUGGUUACAAGAUAGGAGAGUUGAAGGUGAUGCAGCAUCUAGAGGGUAUGCUCAGGAUCGUGAAACUAGAGAAUGUAGUCAAUGUUGCAGAGGCAGGGGAGGCAUGUUUGAAGAAUAAGCAAAGACUUGAUAAUUUGGUUUUGGAAUGGAGCAAUGGUCCUGUUGGUCUACCAGCUAGAGGAGAAUUUCUGGCUGUACUUGAAGGCCUACAACCUCCUGUCGGGCUGAAGUCUUUUACGAUCUCAUGUUACCUCGGUUUAAGGUUUCCAAAUUGGAUGAUGAGGGAUUUGUCCAGCUUUACUAAGCUAGUCUCUGUGAAACUCUCUGACUGCACAAAUUGCACAACCCUUCCACCUUUUGGGCAAUUACCUGCACUGGUUUCCCUCGAGAUAGUGGGGUUAAACGAAGUGAUACAUCUGGCUGAGGAGUUUUAUGUAGAUGGUCAAGAUAAUGGUGGUAAAAAAGGGUUUCAAAAAUUGAAGUUCCUAACAUUUGACCGUAUGUGCAGUUGGGAGGAAUGGUAUGGAUCAGAGGAUGGUGAAUUCCCCUGCCUCGAAAUGCUAACACUGAGACAAUGUCACAGUCUAAGGAAACUACCUCCACUUCUUCCCACUGUGCAGGCAGUCAAAAUAGAGUUCUGUCAUUCUUUGACUAUUUUUCCAAGCCUUCCUUCAAUUUGCAGCCUAGAGCUGCAGACGUUCACGGAGAGGAUGUCAAAUUGGGCACAUCAAUUCUCUUCCUUGUACCCUCUAAGUGUCUAUAGUGUUGAAGAUUCAACACACCUGUCGCGUGCUAUACUACGUCCUGUACCAGAAUGA